AUGGCUCCUCCUGUGGUCUCUGUAGUGGGCACUGGCCUCCAGUAUCCCCCGCACAAGCUUGGACCCGAGUUUGUACCUAAAUUAGUGUCCAACUGCUACACGGAUAAUGUCGCUGUCCUACCAUCAAACCAUCCACUAUGGUUUCAGGAUCAUAUUCUGACAAACACAGAGUGCGAUGAUCUCUUCAAAAAGUAUGGUAUCCCCCUAGCGCAAGACGCCGCGACGCAAGCCAUCGAAGACUGGGGCGGCAAUCUCAUGGACAUAACCCAUGUGGUAGCUAUGACCUGUACAAGUGCAUCGAGCCCUGGAUUCGACUGCACACUUUCUCGGAGACUAGGGCUCUCAAAGCACGUUCGCCGGACAUUGUUGAGUGGGGUCACUUGUGCUGGCAGCGUAGCGGCCCUUCGUACCGCAUACGACCUUCUGCGUGGCGCGACACAGGAAGGAAAGCCGGCCCGGGCUCUGGUGAUUGCUGCCGAGACCAUGACAGUUUAUGUCAGGGGAUGGCUGGAGACCAUCGUAAAGGAAUCAAUCCCGAACAUUGGCCCCACUCUAUUCGGAGAUGGUGCAUGUGCACUUGUACUCAGUAAUGGGAUCGGUGUGAAAGAGGGAGAAAGAGAGCCCAUAUGGAAUAUACACGGUGCUCAAUCAACACUCCUGGACAGACCAGGCUGCGUCGGGAUACGGUGGAUGCCUUCGGGACGUUCCGAGGAUGAUCAAGUCAGCCUUGCCAUCCUCAUUUGGGAACCUCAUCACUAA